AUGCCUAAAAACAGAGAUGGUGAUAUAGUUGAAGUGCCUCCGAAAGACGAGGAGGAGCUUAUGUUGGAGAAAUUGGUGUUUGGAGAUCUUGCUGGAUUAGAAAGCAACUUGCGUAAAGUUGACAACUUGUACGAUUUCGAUGACGAAGAAGAAGUAGUUGAAGAACUCGAUGAUGGAGCAGAAGAUAGUGAUGAAUUGGAUGAUGUACAAGACGAAGACUUAUUUUAUAUUGACGAAGGAGUACAAGAUCAUAAUGAUAGUGAUCUUAUGGACGAAGAUGUUAGCUCUGCAAGUGACGUCGAGGAAGAUUCAGAAGAAGAGCUUGGCGAUGAAGAUGAUGUAUGGGUGGACAGUGAUGAUGAGAAAUUGAAUGUGUCGCUCACUUCGUCUGAUCGUUUAAAGAAAUUGAGAAAGACUCCUGAGGAUGACCUUAUAAGUGGGAAGGCAUACAUGCUUAGGCUACGAUCGCAAUUUGAAAAAAUAUACCCACGACCAUCAUGGGCCGACCAGCUUGGUCAAGAUAAUGAGGAAAAUAGCUCCGAUGACGAUAUAAUACUUGAUGAUGAUGAAGAACAACAACAACAACAACAAGACAAUUAUCAGCAAAAUGGAAAACUGACUGCCGCAUUAUCAAAACUUUUAACAUCCACCCACCAAUUUGUCGUUACAAAGCAAUUGAAGUUGAUCUCACCAUCGAGAAUCUCCAUAACGAGGUUAAAAGAUGCCAACUAUCAAAAGUUAUCCAAAGGUGCCAUUCAAGCUAUAUCAUUCCACCCAACACAUCCAAUUUUGCUCACUGCAGGAUUCGAUAAAACCAUAAGACUUUAUCAAAUUGACGGCAAGACCAACAACUUUAUCACAUCUUAUUUUUUAAGAAAUUGCCCUAUAAUGAGCUCACAAUUCUUCCCUCAAGCUGAUAGGAAUAUAAUCUAUGCUGCAGGAAGAAGAAAGUAUAUGAACAAGAUCAAUUUGAACACCGGUGAGAUUGAAAAGAUCAGUCGUAUGUAUGGACAUGAACAAGUGCAGAGAUCAUUUGAGAGUUUUAAAAUUAGUCCAAAUGGGUCCUUUAUUGGAUUGAUUGGAAAUUCUGGUUGGUUCAAUUUGAUAAAUGGAACCACGGGACAAUGGAUUAAAGGGUUCAAGAUUGAAGGAGCUGUGACUGACUUUGAUUUUGCGCAUGAUGAAUCAUUUGUUGUGGUUGUUAAUUCAGCUGGUGAUGUAUGGGAAUUUGAAUUGAAGGGUAAAUUGUCAUCUAAAUCAGAAACUAAGAUUUCACGCAAAUGGUCAGACGAUGGAGGUAUUGGAGUCACUAAGAUUAAACUAGGUGGAAGAAAUAACAAUAGAUGGCUAGCUAUUGGAUCCAAUACUGGUGUCGUUAAUCUCUACGACAGACAAAAUUUUAGUACAUCUACACAACCAAAACCGUUCAAAACUGUUGAAAAUUUAGUCACUUCAAUAUCAUCACUUACAUUCAACCCAGAUGGACAACUUCUCGUAAUUGCAUCAAGAGGUAAAAGAGACGCACUCAAAUUGGUUCAUUUACCUUCAGGUUCAGUAUAUAGCAAUUGGCCUACAAGUGGUACACCAUUGGGAAAAGUCACCGGUGUUGCCUUUUCUCCAAAUAAUGAGGUUCUAGCUGUUGGUAAUGAAGCUGGAAAAGUGACUCUUUGGAGGUUAAACCAUUACUAA